AGCUGGAGCGCCGCUCCGGAGCGGAGCGGAGCGGAGCGGAGGCGGACCUUCUCUCUCUCUCCGGAGGGAAACCCUUGAGGCGACUUUUUUGUUUUGUGAACAAAACAAAAGAAACUUGAGGAUGGUGGGGCAAAACGACUAGAGCCCAUCUUCCUGUGAUCCUUUAGCCGGAAAACUGUCAAAAUCUGUGGAUAAAUUCACAAGAUAAGAAGAAGGAUGGCAUCUAGAAUAAAUACCAGUUUCACUUUGAUCCCCAACCAGAAAUACAGACGUAGUAAUCGACGGCCCAGCUGUGUUUCCAGCACUCUUUCCUCAGAUUCUGGGCCCUUAUCAAUGCUUGGAGAUUUUAGAGCCUUGCCAUUGGAAGUAUUUCAAAUAAUCUUAAGAUAUUUGUCAGUGAAGGAUAUCAGCAUACUAAGCAUGGUGUCCAAAACAUUCAGCCAGCACAUUAUUAAUUAUAUCUCAACCGCAUCAGGAAGCAAAAGGCUUUUACUACAGGACUUUCAUAACCUUGAGCUACCUGGCGAGAGACAAGACUCUGCUAUACUGGAACACUACAGAUCUCUAGGUUUACUAUUUAAAAGAUGUACAUUGCUGCUACCCACAAAGGAAAGACUAAAGUACAUCCACAAGAUACUUGCGGAAGUUUCCUGUUUUAAAUUCAAUGGCUGUGCAGCUCCAAUGCAAUGUUUAGGAUUAUCAUGUUAUGGCAUGUUUUUACAGAUCUUAACAGCAGGUUGGGAUGAACUGGAGUGCCAUCGUGUUUUUAACUUCUUAUGCGAGCUGACCAGCCUCUCCCGCAAGGUGCAGACCACUGUCUUCAGCAAACCAGGAAAUGCCCGAAAACUGGAGUUAAGGAUCAGACUGUUCUGUAGGAAUGUUCUGCUUGAUCACUGGACAGAAAGAAGCGAUUCUGCUUUCUGGCUGACAUGUAUAUUAAAGCCAUGGCCAAUGGUGAAUCAGGCAAGAUUGCUGUAUAUCAUCUUUGGACCAAUAUCUCCUCAAGAUGGACAAGUGGUUUGGCAGAAAAUGACAGAAGAACCUGCAGAUGAAUCCAGUCUGAAAGGUUUGGCUGAUGCCAUUAACUUACUACAUGACACAGGCAUCAAAGAGUGGACAGCAGACGAUGUUAUCAGUCUUAUAGAUGAACUAUCAGUGGUUCCUCGUGAAUGGCUUCUGGAAAAUAACGCACGUCUCCUAAUCCUGUGUGGGAACGACAUCUGUUUCACUUUCAUGGCUAGUAAAGCUGUGAAUGGACGGACCAUUGAACUGGCGAGACUGAUAGUCUUUUUGGCUUUGGUGUGUGAAAAAGAACUAUACUGCAUGGAUUGGACAGUUAAAAUAAUGCAAAGACUCUGUAAAGUCUUCAGUACGUCAGCGGAUAAACAUAACUUCCUCCAGAAUGUGGCAAAUGCAUUUGCAUGUAUUAUAAUGGAAAUGCUGCAGUCAGUCAUGUCUGGAGACCAUGAUGAAGAGGACAGAAACUUUUUGAAUUUGUUCCAUCUUGUGCACGCUCAGGCUAACUUCCAUAAGGAGGUCCUGUAUUUGACCGUGGAUUCUGCCUCUACCUAAAUACUCAGAAAGCCUUGCAUUUAGAGACUACCUCACUGAACUAAAUUAGAAGAAUGCUACUUCUCCACAAAGAAUAGCAUCCAAGGGACUUUUUAUCACCUAAGUAAUUCUGAAGUUGCGCAGAAUUUUAGUGGCAACUGCUUAGAUCACUAUAAAUAUAAAAAUUACAGGCGAACUCAAGAAUAUAUUGAGAUUUCUCUGAAAAACAAGCUGUGCCUCUUCAUAUUUUGGUAAACCUAAUAACAAAAUAACUGGACAAUAGUGUCUCAGAAUCUGGGGCCAGUCAACCUGCAUGUGUGGAAUCGUUGAAACGAGAAAAUUUUGCUUUAUAAUUGAGCAGACCCAAGUUCCUUAAAUAGUAUGUAUCUCUUCACUUUGCUUAGGUUGUGUAGACAUAGCCUAGAAUGUUUUGUAAAGGUUUGCAAUAUGAUAUUUUGGAAUGUGUAGAUAAAAAUCACAUUUUUUACCACCUUCUUGGCAUAUGGUUCAUACACAUUUUGUAUGAACUGAGAUAGAAAACCUAAGGAAGUAUGUGUGUAUGUGUAUAUUCAUAUUCAUAUGUAUGUAUGUAUGUACUUUCACAUAUACAAAUAUAUCUUUCCUUCUUUAAGACAGAUCAUACAAAGACCUAUAAAUAGGGUAUAUGUUGUUUUAAUACAAAUCAUCUUUUAUUUCCUGGGGAUUAUAGUGUUGCAAAUAAGGAAAAAUAUAAGAUGAAAGAAAAAUACCUAUUCUGCUACCAGAAGAAUAUGCAUAAAUAGUUUGCACUUCUUCCUAAAGCUUUUCUCCCUGUCUUAAAGAAUAGAACUUGAAGGAAACUGCCAGCAUGGAGCAGCCCAUGAGUGGGGUUUUUCUCCACUCAAGUAAAUGAAUCCCAAGAAGCUCCAGGACUAUUUCAGUCUGAGUAGGAUCUGCCACCACCACUUUUACUCUUAAAGUAGAAAAUAAUAGUGCCUAACUGGGGCUGAAAUAACACUGGAGCCCUCCUGGGCCUCUCAUUCUCUUCUCCUUGGCUUCAAUCAUUUUACUUCUGCUGAAGACACACCCCUUCCCACUCAGCUUUUUGGAGGCCGGCUCUCUUUUCCUAAGCUCUUGAUUUAACUCACCUCAUGAGCUCCUAAAGGGGAGAAACAUAGAAGAUAUAGAAAUUACUUGCAUAAGUAGGAUAUAAAUUAUGGGAAAUUCUCAAAUAUUUGGCAAGAGGGGCUCAGUAACAGAUUUAAUAGGAUUGAGGAAGAGUGAAAAUUGUGGAGAAGAUAUAAACUGUGUGAUGAGAUUUUGCUGUAUUUCAGUAGCAUAAGCACUUAACUUUCUUUCAUGGAGGGUCAGAAAUUAACUGCCUUUCUUUGAUGGGUUGUUCAACUAUAACUCUGUCCGUGGCAGGAAUUGUUUCUCCAGAGUUUGUAGCAUUUGCAUAUUUAUGCAAAACACAGUCUUUGCUUUUAUCCUGUUUCAUUUUCUUCCUCUCAGUUUCAUUUUCUUCCAGUUCACAACUAAAUUAUGAAGAUUAAAAGUUGGCAGAUACCAGAGAUCAAAACAACACCUUAAUUAGCUUUUUCUUUUCUCUCUCACCCUUUUCCUCAUACAUUCUUUCUAAAACCUAAUCCAUGUAGAAAAAACUGGUGAUUCCAAGUUGAGAAUAUACUCCAUUAGAUUAUUUAUGGGGAAAAAAUAAAAAUGAAGAAAAAUUAGAAUUUUAAUAUAAAUAAUUAAUAUUUUAAAUAACUUACUAGAUAGAGAUUGUUUCAUUCUCAUAGAGAAGCAACUUGGCUUUCUGAGGUUUCCUAGCAUUCCUUGAAUUGCCAAGAUCUCUACAGCGGUUGUUUUUAGAAAGUUUACAAAGGAAAGAAAAAUGGUUUAAUUUAAAAGAUUUUUGACCUGGAUUUUGAAUCUCAUUACACACUUGAACUGACAUGACUGCUGCUGUGUAUUUUUAAAGACACAUUAUUGUAUUAUUCUUGAUAAUUGUGAGAUUGUUAUCUCACCUUCCCUAGAAAUUUGGAACAUAAAAAAUAUGAUUCAUUCUUUGGGUACAGUAGAUAAAUGAUAUAUCAUCUUGCUACCAAUAUAAAGUAAAUGAAAAAUUUUCAUUCAAUUAUUAAUAGAUAAAAUAACAUUUGAGACUAAAUUUGCAGUUUCCUCAAUUCAGCAGUCCAGUUUUUUGCUGAAUACAUUUGUCAUUAGGAAUAAAAUACGAUACCAAGUUUUAAAGUGGCAGAUUAAUUUGCAAAAGCAUGUAUUAUUAACAUGGAUGUUUAAGUUCUGCCUUAUGCAAUCAUAGUGCCACAAAAAAGGGACAUCUGCAAAAUGAAUAGUCCAAAAGCAUUAAGGGACUGCCCACUUCUAACUAACUCUAGGACAGUUAGAAUAACAAUGACGUAAAUUACUAGCAGGUCAGAUCAUUUAUCCUGGACCUUCUUCUGACAUAGAAGAUUAGCCUGGGCUUCUAGCUCUUUCAUCCCUUUUGAUAGUGAUUUCCUCAGUCUCCUUUGCCUUCAGUUUGUAGGGUGAUUUUUACUUCUACUAGAAAGCAAGCCCCAAAGACUCAAUGAUACAUCAUUAGUUUAUCUUUACUCUUGUCUCUAAAUAUACACACAUGACACCAUAAUAAUACUAAUAACCAAAAAAGGAUGCUACUUUUCUUACAAACUAAUAUAAAGUUUAUGUCUUGUGAUAAAUACUCUGUACCUUUUGAAACUAUAAAACUUCUAUUCUUUCUUGGGUGCUUCCUUCUGCCCUUCUGACUCCUCAACUUUAUCGUUUUCACAAUGCAGGCAGUAAAUUAUUUGGGAAACCUUUCAGGCAUUUAAGAGUUCAAGGCUGCUCUCCAUAGCAUGAACAAUGGGCCCCUUUUCCAUCCUCAGAUGACUUAGUUCAUGCUUCCAGUUGUUCUGUUAAUAACAAAGAUUUUUCACCUUUGGAGAUUAGAGCAAGUGUGAAGUGUGAAGUGCUCAGCACGAGGUGCAAUGGAGGAACCACCUUAGUCGAUAAAAAACGAACAUUGACCUCUUUGUGGGGUUAUGACCUGAGUUUACCUCUUGAAGUGAAUGGCACUGAAUUAUAUGAUUACAGAUUUUUAUGUCAAUAAAUACUGUGAAGGGUAAAAACACAAAGCCGCUACAAAGGCCUCUGUGUUACUGGCUACCUCACUAGCAGUGUAACGCCUUUACUGGUUCCCCUGGCAGGUAGCUGAAACCUGUAAGAAUCAGGCUGUGCCCUAGGCUCCUUGGCUUACUGAGACAUCGUCACUAAAAUAAGGAAGAUGACCUCAAAGGUGGUUGUAUUGGACAGUCUUCUCUAGGUUAAGAAAAAGUGCCAAAGAACUAAGAUUUUUUUUCCAUCAAGAAAGCAAAUAUAACUGCAGAAAAUUCCUCAAGUACCUAUACUUUUAAAAAGCUUAAUGUAAACCUUGAAAACCUUUUAAAUGAAGAAAAACUACUUGGAGGUGUCCUAAGAUCACUGCUUUCUUCAAGGUGCACAGAAUUGAGAAAAAUUGUUAUUUUUAAAGUAUUGUGUUUAUAGUAAAAUAUCUUUGAUACCUAAAUAUUUAAUAUUUUCUAACUUUAUUUAAGUUGUUAUUUAUUUAUAUUAAUAAAGUAAAAUUAGAAACAUGUCUAACCUCUCCAGAGUUUGUCAUUAUGUAAGUUGCUGAAUGUGUAAUUCCUUUAAAUUAUUUCUUGUAGAGGAAUUUAUUUUUAUUUAAGCUGUUAAUUAUAGCUCUAACAAUGAUCAAAACAUAAAAUGUAUUAAAAUAAUGUUGCAAUUAGCUAUGUACUUAUAUAUGUAUAUUUAUGCUUAACAAUAUAGUAUAUUAAUUAAAUGAUUUCAUUUACUUUCAAUGACUCACA